GCCGCUGGGAGCUCCCGGCCGGCGGGGCGGAGGUUAGGGGCCCCGGACCGAGGCGUGCGGGCCGGGCCGCAGAUGUCAUGUGGCCUGUGUUUUGGACGGUGGUGCGGACCUAUGCCCCCUACGUCACGUUUCCUGUGGCCUUCGUGGUCGGGGCUGUAGGCUACCACCUGGAAUGGUUCAUCCGGGGAAAGGCGCCGCAGUCCGCCGAGGAGGAGAAGAGCAUCUCGGAGCGCCGCGAGGACCGCAAGCUGGAUGAGCUGCUCGGCAAGGACCACACGCAGGUGGUGAGCCUCAAGGACAAGCUGGAGUUUGCCCCGAAAGCUGUCCUGAACAGAAACCGCCCAGAGAAGAACUGAUGUGAUGGAGGACGCGGGCCCUGCCGUCCUCCCAGAGGCCGGGCUGGCCCGCCACCCUGUCAGCCCAGGCCCCGCAGCUGACCUGCUCUGCUGCUUACUCUGGCCCCGUCUGCACCCACACUGCUCCAUUCUGGGCAGACUGAUUCUUGGGAGAUGUGGUCCAAAGACUGCACCUGUUGUCAGGGGCCACAGGCUCUCAGGCUGUGAGCAGAGAGGUGUGCUGAUGGGAGGAGGGGGUGACACGCACAGAGGCCGGCAGUGUCCCUGGAGGGGCCGCCUGGACUCCAGGGCAGUGGCUGGGAUCUGGCUGUGGCUGUGCUCCUGGGAAGCAUCCCGGGCCUCCCUGGCUGCCCUCGUUCUGUGCUCAUCCUUCCUGAAGCCCUGGCGUGCCUGCGGGGGCCCCCCCAGCGACCUCCCGGAAAGGGAAGCACUUUACCUGUUCUUGGAAUCCCAGGCUGCUGAUGUUGAUACUCCAGGCAGAAUGUGUGCCUGGUGAACUCACUUGAAAGCAAUCACCACCUUCCAGCCCCCAUCACUGUGUAGUACAAAACAUGAUUAAAGUGGUGUCUGAGAACCGAA